AUGGGAAGAUCUCCUCCUGGCUCAGAUCAUGAAGCUGGUCUCAAGAAAGGUCCAUGGUUGCCUGAAGAAGAUGACAAACUCAUCAGUUACAUUCACAAACAUGGCCAUAGCAGCUGGAGUGCUCUUCCCAAGCACGCAGGUCUUAACAGGUGUGGCAAGAGUUGCAGACUACGAUGGACAAACUAUCUGAGGCCUGAUAUCAAGCGAGGAAAAUUCUCUCCGGAAGAAGAAGACACCAUUCUUAACCUUCACGCCGUUCUUGGCAACAAGUGGUCAAUGAUUGCAAGCCAUUUACCUGGAAGAACAGAUAACGAGAUCAAGAAUUUCUGGAACACUCAUUUGAAGAAGAAGCUGAUUCAGAUGGGUUUUGAUCCCAUGACUCAUCGUCCAAGAACCGAUGAUAUCUUCUCAAGCUUAUCUCAGCUUUUAUCUCUGUCUAACCUAAGAGGACUUCCUGAUCUACAGCAACAUGUUCCAAUUGAAGAUCAAGCUUUACUCAAUCUCCAAUCUGAGAUGGCUAAGCUCCAGUUAAUCCAAUACUUCCUUCAACCUCCAUCUCUUCCUCCUAUAACUACUAGCUGCAGCAUUAGCCCCAAUGACUUAAACAUUCUCAAUCUCCUCAUCAAAGGAAACUCCAACACCAAUAAUCUUACUUCUUACCUUCAAGACUUCAACAACAACCUCCCAUCCCUCAAAACCUUGGACGAGAAUCACUUGGAGUUGGAUCAUAACAGUUCUCCAAUAUGGCUCCAUGAACCACCGAGCUUAAACCAAACCAUGUUGCCUUCUCAUGAUGAUUUGGCUCAGAGCGUAGAUGGUUUCAACUGCAACCAGGUCUCCUCAAGCCAUGAUCAAGAACUAGCAGCUGCGGCUUCUGUAGAUUGGCCUGAUCUUAUCUUUGAUGACUCCAUAUUUCCUUAUCAAUCUUGA